UCAAUCGUUCGCGUCUGCGACGGUCGCCGAUUUCGACUCCGCUAAACUACGGUGUAACCAAAAUAUGAGUGUAAACUGCCGUUAUACGAGUGUAUAUUUGUUAUUUCUAAGUGAAUAAUAUUGUGACAACAGUGCUCUACACUUGUGUUAUGAAGUUUUGUGAAAGUUGACGGAGGUUAUCGAGAACUUCGGGUGUUUCGUCGCUUAUUUACCUCAUGGCGGGCUCCGGGGGGCUGUCAGAGUGGACAGAAGGCGCGGCAGUAUGGUUCCAGCCGGCAGGCGCGCCCGCCCCGCUGCCCGGCUCGCUGCUCGAGGUGCACCGCGCCGCCAGGGUGCUCCUCGUCAGCGCCAUUGUCAAUGGACAGCCCCAGACCUUUGCCCUCCAAAUGGGCAAUGGCGAAGAAGAAGGCGACCCAGUGUGGCCCCGCGAGGAGUUGGGCCCUACAGGCGUGGACGAUAUGACGCGUCUCCACGACCUUCACGAGGCGGCCCUACUGUGGAACCUGAAGCUGCGAUACGAACAGGGGCUCAUCUACACUUACGCCGGCUCCAUACUGGUGGCCGUCAACCCGUACCGGCCCGUAGAUGCUUUGUAUGGACUGCAGACUGCUAGGAGAUACCACGCAGCGGAAGCCCUAGGAGACCUUCCGCCUCACCUCUUUGCCAUAGCCGCCGCUGCGCGCGCCUCUCUGCCCCAGCCGCAAGCCAUACUCAUCUCCGGAGAAUCCGGCGCUGGAAAGACCGAGUCCACCAAACUGGCCGUCCAGUUCCUCGCAGCAGUAGCCCCUGCCCCUCCCGGCAGAGCCCCCGUCUCCGAACAAAUCCUAGAAGCAGCACCCCUGUUAGAGGCCUUCGGAAACGCCAGAACGCCAAAAAACCACAACUCUAGUCGCUUCGGCAAGUUGCUCGAACUAUACUUCAAAGACGGAGCGUUAGCCGGCGCGAGAGUCGCCCAUUACUUGCUGGAGAAGUCUCGGAUAGUCACGCAAUCGCCUGGCGAAAGGAAUUACCAUGUCUUCUAUGAGUUGCUAGCUGGAUUGGAUGAAGAACAAAGGCGAUCACGAGGUCUUUUAACCGCUGAGCAUUACUUUUACCUAAAUCAAGGAGGAGAUUCAGGAGGCGCCGGCGCUGGCGCUGAUUGGUCGGCUUUAUGCGGCGCGAUGCAAGUUUUGGGCAUUGGAGAUUCCGAGAGAGAGGAUAUUAUAAGAGUGCUGGCGGCUGUUCUGCAUUUGGGUAAUGUGUAUUUCCAUAGAAGGCAACUGCGUCAUGGUCAGGAGGGGGUGCAGUUGGGUGGCGGUGCUGAAGUGCGCUGGGCAGCGCAUCUGUUGAAGGUCCCCGCUGAGGCAUUGGCAAGGGCGUUAACGACGAGGGUCACGGCAGCGAGGGCGGAACGCAUGAGGUCUCCCCUCCCGAUUGAUCAGGCUUUGGACGCGAGAGACGCGUUCGCUAAAGCCCUAUACUCUUCUCUAUUCAACUGGCUAGUCCUCCGAAUAAACUCGAUAGUUCACCGCGCUGGGUUACACGACGCCCACCGCAUAUCUCUGCUCGACAUCUUCGGGUUCGAAGAUCUAGAGGAGAACUCUUUCGAGCAGCUGUGCAUCAACUACGCGAACGAGACGCUGCAGCACUACUUCAAUAAGCACAUAUUUAAGCUGGAACAACAGGAGUAUCAGAAGGAGCGCCUGGAGUGGUCUAAUUUGACUUGGAAUGAUAAUUCUCCAGUGAUCCAGCUUUUAAGCAAAAAGCCAGUGGGAAUCCUGCAUCUGUUGGACGAUGAGAGUAACUUCCCGCGGGCGUCCGACGCGUCGUUCCUUGAGAAGUGCCAUUAUAACCACGCUUUAAACGAAUUGUACUCCCGACCGAGGUUAGGGGCUAAUGAGUUUGGGAUCAAACAUUACGCCGGCCAAGUGUGGUACAACGUAGAAGGGUUCUUAGACAAGAACCGCGAUGCCCUACGAGCAGACGUUCUAGAACUAUUAUGCAGCAGCGAAGUGCCUUUAGUGGCUGAAAUGUCGGCUCAGCUACGCGCCCAGCAUGACGCCAACAAAACAUUACCCAGAGGAGCGAAUGGACGCUUCGUUACUAUGAAGCCCAGGACGCCGACGGUUGCAGCUAGGUUCUCAGACAGUUUGCAUCAACUACUGGAAUCUAUGUCGCGCUGCAACCCGUGGUUCGUGCGCUGCAUCAAACCAAACACGGACAAAUCACCGAUGAGAUUCGACAUGCCUUGUGUGCUGGCCCAGCUGAGAUAUACUGGAAUGCUGGACACCAUCAAGAUCCGACAGACGGGCUAUCCUAUACGGAUACCCUUCCAGAACUUCGUGGAUCGAUACCGGUACCUGCUAAAGUCGACUCCACCUCGGUCGACGCCAUACCGGGAGAUUUGCAACUCAAUCCUGGCCGAGAUGCCUCCAACGGGUGCUGUCGGCGCGGACUACCAACUAGGCGCAGCACGCGUGUUCAUUCGGGAAGCGCUGCAUCGCGCUUUGGAACGCGCGCGCGCAGACAAGCUCAGAGCCGCCGCUACGAAACUGCAAGCACAAGUCAGGGGCUACUUGGCGAGAAAACGCUACAAACAGCUUCACCACUCCACCGUCAAGGUCCAAUCCUGGUGGCGUGGCGCGGUGGCCCGGCGACGGUUCCAGGUGGCCCGCCGAGGAGUUGUGAAAGCCCAGGCCUUGGUCAGAGGCCGCCGCGCGCGCAGACGGUUCGCUGCUAUUAAAGAACAGCACAGAAGGAGGGUGGAGGCGCAGCAACAAGCGGCCAAGCGUCGCGCAGCAGAACAGAAAGCGCAAAAAGCAAAAGCGGAAAGCUUGCAAGCGCUCGAAGUGCCGGCUGACUUGGCGUUCAUCUUGUCCAAGCUGGACGAGUGGCAGCCUCCCCACACUGACAAGAAUCUGGCCAAGGUAUCAGGCGACGUGUACGCCGAAGACGACUACAUCCAAAUGCCUCGUGACCUCCAGCAGUUCGCGUUCAACAAGUUCAGUUCGGUAUACUUCGCCGACGGAGGCCAGCUCAGUCCUAAGAAGUACCCCAUCACUAGGCCCUUCCUAUCUAAAGCUGCAGUCAGAGAUCAAGACUUCAAUGAUGCUGUAGCUACAUUCAAACUGAUAUUGAGGUGGUGUGAUGAAUCCGCCGCUGGGAAUGAAGCAAGGCAAAAGGUGCUAGCAGACUACAUAGCUUCACGUGGGUUGGCGUCGCGAGGACUUCGCGAUGAGAUACUGGUGCAGCUGUGCAACCAAGCCAGCAGUGGUGAUGCCCCGGACCGCGUGUGGCAGCUCAUGGCUCAUUGUCUGGAGGUGUUCCAGCCAGGACCUCCCCUGCACAAAUACCUAGUCCGCUUCAUAUCAGAGCGCGCGCCGGCGUCGCAUCGCUCGCUUCUGCUACGUUUAGUUUGCGGGGGCGGAGCGGGCGCCGCACGGGCCGCUGCUGUGCCGCGCCGCUGCCCGCCCACGCUGUUAGAAUGGCGUGCUGCCAGUACUGAUACAAGACCGGCACUGCCUCUGAGGCUUUACGACGGUCAGUAUGCAUAG